UAUAAUCCAAGAACAAAGUUUAUGGCAGAGAACCUGAGUUUUUGGUGGAAGAGGUGAGAAGCGAUGGGGGCGCUCUCUCUCUACCGAGGUAAUCUCCACCGCGUCGCUGACAUUCCCCGCCGGUGGCUGAUGCCGCCGCGCGCCAUUUCCCUCGCCCAGUUCCGUCACCUUCUCCGCAAGCGAAACCUAGCUAUUGCACAAUUCUCAUCCUUAAAUAACCCUAAUUGUAAGCCUAACCCUAGAGUGAGUAAUGAGAAGCAUGACGACAUGGACAAGGCCGGAUGCCAUAAAGAAGACCCGAUCAACUGCGUUUCCUUUUCGGAACCGAGCGGAUCGGCAUUGAACGAUUGCAAGGGGAUCGUUGCCAUCACUGAGGAUCGUAUGGCUCUGGAGGGUGUAGAUUCAAUGGAUGAGGGCGAUAGGAAGGAGCAGGUAAUCUGCAAGUUAGAUUUAGCUCUUGAAAAAGAAGAAGGAAAAAGAGAUUUGGAGCAGAAGUUACACGUUCUAAAUGAGAAAAAGCAUUAUCUUGUGCAGAUGUUGAAACAGAUUUUGAAUGCUGAAGAGGAAAUCAAAAGGAGGAGCAUUCUGUCGGCUCCUGCACGCUCAUCUGUUCCUCUACAAGCAGAAGCUUCAGCUGAAAUGAAUUAUGCUGCAAGAAAUCCACCCAAAAUUGGUGUAGAGGUGAACUUUGGUGGUGAUGUUGGAGGAGAAUCGGAUGCUGCUGGCAAUUUCAGCAUUCAAGCACGUCAAUGGCCUCCUAUGCCUAUUACAUCUCCGUCUACAACAUCCAUCGGCAAAACAUCACACGGUCCUUUCCACCAUACGGUUCAUGUGCCUCGUGGAAGUGCACCUCAUCAGGUUACAUCAACCUCAUUGAUGGCUGGCUCGAUGGCUAGCCCAUCCCGUUUUGCCCCUACAGGUCAGCAUGGACAUUCAAUAAGCUUUCCUACAGUUUCUGUAUCUGGAACCCAUCUUCCUGCUUCUUCACCAUCUCCAGCAGCAUCUGGUGGCACUUCCUCAGCCUUUAGGGAUUCCCGCUGGAAAUGAAAAAGAGCAAAUUUAAUGUGUCAACUUGUCUCACUCAGCUAGAAGAUCACUGGAUAAUAGUGGCAUCUAUUGAGUUUGAAUGAAUACCAAUAUGCUGGCUAAUGGGCCAGACCAACCCUGAUUCAGUCGAGCGCUAUUUAAAUUUUGCUAAUUUGAGAUUGGAUCAAAUGUACAAAAUAAUGUGUGUUUGCUGUAAUACUAAUAAUUUGCUUGAAGAUUGAAAUUUAACUGAAAAUUAAAUUGAUUUUAGCUUCUGAUUUAAGCUUGAAUGGAAACUAAUGAGUCGUUUCUGACUGAAUUUUGACGGUAAA